GAGGAUCGGAGUCGGAGGAAAGGCCGAAUCGGGGGAACAGCUGGAACCGUGGUUCAUGUCGAAUGCUUGCACUCUGCGUCGAGGCGGCGGAUGCUGGCGAUGUUUCGAUCGGAUGUUGCUCGCGGAGGAGAAGGAGAGCAUCCGCUCGUUCAUGUUCAGCCUCCUUGACCUCGACGUUUGACAGACAAAUGCUCUCCUGGUUUGUUUAGAUCGAAGGUCCGGCUGGUUCGCGAGCUUGGACACAGCGAGAUCUUCUUCUGUCACCCUACGGUUGACACCACUCCGAGACACAAGAUCCGAGCUGCAUCAGAUUGCCUACAUUUGAGUCGGUUUAAUCGAGGCCGGUUAUUUCUGUGAGCUUCAGUUUGUUGGAACGAUUUCGAGCUGACUACUUCGUUCAGAUCUUCGGGACGGAAACAGAGCUGCUUGUACUCAUCAGCAAUAAAAAAAAACGUGCAUUAGGUACGUGGAAAAUUCUGGUCUGGGGGUCUUGCGGCCUCUUCUCAUCGAGCGCAUGCUUCUGGUGCCGUUCCUUCGGUCUCUGGGAGUGUCAGCAGAAGAAGUGGGUUGUGAUUUCAGAGGGUCGAAGGUUAGAUUCGCAGUUGUAUAUCGCAACCGGAGGCUACAGCAUUGAGGAAAAGGGAUGGAAGACGAAGAAUGCUUUCCUCCGGGCCUGAAGCGGUUGGUACAGCAGCUGGCUUCGGCAGCCGUUCCAGGAAUCGAAGAGCUUCCUGAUCUCACCGAAGUUGCGGAAUUCGGGCCCUGUUUCAAUGCUGAGGCGAUCAGAUCGCAGGGCAAGGCCCUGACAGGAAGCGGAAGCUGGGACUAUGUGAGAUUGAAGGUGCUCUCCUCGGUGGCUACUUGUCCCACGCUGACUAGCGUAAAUCUGUCCGAUUGCUGCAUAGAGGAUGAGUCAGAGAUGCGGAUUUUGGGUCUGGGGCUGGAGAAGAGCGACACAUUGGAGGAUCUGAACCUGAGCGGAAAUUUGGCAGCAGGAACCAAGGAUGGCUGUGGAUUCAUAAACAGAAUUCUCAAUGGCUGCAGGAAUCUCCACACACUCAGUUUGGCUCGGGUCGGCAUGGGCUGGGAAGGAAUGGCCAAAAUUUGUGGAGCUAUGGGUCAUGACAUAGCGCUGAGGCACUUGGAUGUGAGCGGCAAUCCGAAACUCGAUGACAAUGGAAUGGCGCUUCUCGCUGCUGUGCUUAAAGGCAAGCUGAAUGUGAGUAGAACCGAGGAUUCGUCCCGGGGAUCCUUCAAAGGGCUGAAGAGUUUGACGAUUAGUGUCAUGGGAGUGGCGGGUGCUGAUCACUUGGGACAGGCUCUCGCUGCUCAGACUUCCCGCGGAGGAGCUCUGGAAGUACUUAAAAUCGUCGGGCGCACUGCAGAGGAGGAAGAAAUGGUGCAGGAGGAAGACGGAAGUCCACUGAUGAUUCUUCUGCAGGCGCUCGUUCAUCCUGGUCAUCCUACAGAGUAUGAUGACAUGACUGCGCCUGCGAUGUACAAUGAAAGCUUGCAGAUUUUGUCGUUGAAGUUCGUGAAGGAGACCGGUCUGCCGAGCAUUCUGGCGGACAUUCUGCGCAGUAGUAACUCUCUGCUGGAACUGCGUUUGGAGGGGAGUGAAUUCUCGGCGAUCGAGUGGAGGCACAUACUCCAAGCUCUGCACGGGAACACGACCUUGAAGACUCUGUCUUUGGGGAGCUGUCGAGGCCUAGGGAACGUGUUUGAGGAUUUUAUGGAGUUAAUUAGAGUGAAUUCCACUAUUGAGUUCAUCGAGCUGCCCCGUACCGAUCUGGAGCUUUCUGGGCAGAGUAUUCUUAUUACGGAGGCAUUGAAUAAGGGAUGCACAGAAAAUGACGUACACGAGAAAGUUAUCGAGUCAGUGCAGGAGUCAGUGCAGGAAUUGAAUGUGGGAGGCGUUCCUUCACAGUACGAAACGUGGGGACAGAAUAUCACUUCAGAUAAUGUGACGAGUAGCGAAAGUGUGAUUGCAUCUGGAGGUGAAGAGACCUUCUCCUUUCCAUUCCCAGAGGACCUGAAGACUCUUCCUAAGGGCCUUGUGAAUCUCAUUCUUCAGCUGUCAGCCGAUUCACCGACCAUCACCGUCCUCCCUCGUCUGUCAACUUUGAACGUCGAAGAAUUUGGUGACUUCUUCACAUUCCCUCACUUCACUCGCGAGAGCAAGGACCAGACAUGGUGGCAAACCAGAAGAGCUAUCCUGAACCUCAUCUGCUCCUGCCCAACUCUCACCCACAUCGACUUGGAAGGCUGCGCCAUCCACAAAGAAGAAGAGGCUCAGGAUCUCUGCCUGGGAUUGGCAAAGAGCCAGAGACUGGAAAUGCUCAACCUCGGGGGUAAUGGCGCCUUUGGAACUGAAGUGGGAUGUCUCCAUCUGUGCAGGCUUCUGGUCAAGAUACCCACCCUGCGAGAGCUACACCUCCACGCCAUUGAUAUGAAGCCCGACUUCCUUGUCUAUCUGGCAGCUGCUAUGCGGAGGACUGAGAAUUGUAGCCUGCAUACCUUGGACAUCAAUUUCAACCCAAGCUUGGGAGAUGAAGGUGCUGAGAAUCUGGCCACGCUCCUGGCCGAUCCGGAGAACUCGAAUGGGAUUCGUCAUCUUCGUAUGUUCGGCACGGGCAUGGAUAUCAAGGGUGCUUUUCUCCUGUCGAUCGCAUUGAGAAUGAAUACAUCGCUGAGGUCCCUCUUUGUUGGCUUCGAAACGGAGGAUGAGAAUGCAGAGGGCCCUCUGCACAUGCUCCUGUCUGCGUUUGUUCCUCAGCCUUCUGAAGAUGAUGAUAGCAACUCAACACAGCUGGAACCCAACAGCACUGUGGAGAAUUUGGGUAUAUGCGGUGGUAGAGAGAAAGGGCUGGUUACAGUGGUGUCUAAAAUCCUGGAAAUGAGUCGAAUCCGAGCUCUCUCUUUGAACCGUACGUAUUUCAGCAAGGAGGAGUGGCAGGUGAUUUUCAGAUCUCUUCGUGAUAAUACAAGCCUGGAAGCGUUGGAUCUAACAGAAAGCGAGGGCCUCGAGGCCGAAGUUCAUGGAGAGAUGAUGACCAUGCUGGAAACCAAUAAAAAGUUGACAGAUAUCACUCUCACUGGAACGGAGCUUGAAAGGCAGGGAAGUCAUCACAGCGUCCAUGCAGAGCUACUGCAAAGAAACAGCUCAACUUCUGGCUCAGGGACUCCAUUCCUGACACCAUCUAGCAGCAAUGACUGGACGCAUGCACGAGGAUCUGACUUGCCUCCAGGUGCUCCAUACGAAGCCAUGACCGGCGGCAGCUAUUCUCAGUACAAUGAACAUGUUACAGCUUCUCCGUAUCAGCCAGGUACUGCCAAUUAUCAUCAGGGUCAAGAGAUCCCGGGCUGGAUGCCAGAGAGAAGUGCUUCUGGUCCUCCAUCGUACUUUUCACCAGGACCACCAGGAGUGCCGAGCAGUACACCUGGUCCUCCUGCUUAUUUUUCCCCGGGCCCUACUCCAGGUCCUCCAAGAAGUCAAACGAUCAGCACCAACUUCAUGCCACCUCCUCCGGCAUACCCAGGAUAUUCCAACCCAGUUGAUUUGCGUCCAGGCACAUACCAAACACAUGGAGGAGGGUAUAUGAUGAACCCCGAACCCGUUCCAACUCACCGCUAUGUGAAUGCAUUUCAGACUGUCCAACCAGUUUCUCACCACCAGUCCCAUCACUAUUCUCACCCGCCUUCUCACCAGCCUUCGAAACCAAUUUCUCAUCAGAAUUCUCAGCAGCAAUCCCAACAUAUUCCAUCUGAGGAGUAUGAAGGCAGCAACGAGUGGUCUCCGAGUGGAGAUCCAGUGUGGUCGACUAAACCGGACACAGGAACUGUCCUUAGUUCAAAUGUUGAUUCUUAUUCGGAAGGAGGUGAUGGGAAGUCGCGGUCUAAACUUAGAACCUGGGCCCAUGAUAAAAAAGAAAAGGCUAAGGAGAGAUCAGGAAUUGUGGUGGAAGUGGCAAAAGUUGGAAAAGAUCUUGUUAAAGAGGUCGCCAAAAACAGGAAGGAUCGUGUGCUCGGAAAGCUGGGAAAGAAGCCGUCCACCAAAUCUUAGGCAGGUCAUCAGGUCAUUGUAUAUCAACUGUAUUACUACGUGCACAUCUGGUUCAUGCCUCAUAUAUGCGAGAUGCUUUGCUUAUAUCAUCCUGUAGAUGUUCAAACUCAGCUCCUGUGCAGUGUAUUAAUCCAAGUGAAUGUUGUAGCAGCCAAGGUGGUCCCCGAACUGCAACUCUUCGACAUGUACAAUAUGCUGCCAUUUGGAAACGUUGCAGUGAGAUUUUCACCUUUCAUUUUUCUUCUAAACAUCUGCUAUGAGAUAGUUAAUCUGAUCAUGGUGGAUCUGAAAUCAUAGUUUUCAGAGCGAAUUUCGAUAUCCUACACUGUUCCCGAUAAAAUUCUCAGGGGAUUGUGCCAGCCAUUCAAGCCUAGAAGUUUUCUUAGAAAGGAGAACUCGAAUCGUGGUAUAUAUCAGUCUUGUCAUAAGGUAUCAUCAUCGGCAGCAAUUUAGGUAAUGUUGGUGGUAAGCCUGGGGCUCAUCAUGUGUUAGACAGGAUUCCGGUGUUUUUCUCGCUUCCAAAGUCAAAUGAAUACCAGAUGAUCAUUUUUCAAGUUG